AUGUCUGUCCGUCCAAAGGAGUGUCCAAUCCAGUUUCCAGAUAUUCAAAGAAUGAUGGCUGCAGCUUCCGAACUUCGUUUGAAGGUAGUAGGCCUAUAUCGGUCACUAUAUCGCACUAGACAAGAAUUAUUCCAUGGUGAUCAAGUAGCACUUACAGUUUCCUUGCAGAAAUUGAGACAUGGAUUUUUAGAGAACAAAAAUGAAGCUGACCCCGAAAAGAUUAAAAAUCCAAUUUUUAAUUUCUUAAAUAAGCUGCUUCACAACCAGCUAAUCAAGCUUGGAGAAGAAGUAAAUUACUUACUGAAACAUAAGACUGUCCAAUGUCAACUAAACAAUACAGGAAACUAUGAAAUGAAAAUCAGAAAGGACACGACACUUUUGGAUAAUGCUGUCUAUCCAAAUGACAAAAGAUGA